CGCGCGCGAGUCCGCGAGCGCCAGUUGUGUCGGUCGGCCUCACGGGAGCGAGUUCGUUGUCCGCUCGCCGCCGCCGCCGCUACGCUCGACUCUUGACGCCUCGCUGACUUGUGUACUUUUAUGCGGCCCGGAAGAAUUUCCGGAUAUUUUCUUUUAAUUCGCCGAGAAAUAUUUUCAAACUCCGACAGAGGUUCAUAAGUACACUGUAUACCGCGAGAGGUGACGGAUGAUCCGCGGCGGGCGAUUUUCAAAAGUGUGCGCGCGCAGUUCGAAACGGGAAGGAUAUAACGGCUGAUUCCAGUGCCGAUUCUGCUGCAGACGAGGUGUUUGGUGCGGAGAAACGGCUUGUGAGGAGAGUGAAAUGUUUAAUGGGCAAUUGUGCAUCGGCUUCUCAUACCUGCAUGCGGCUGCAGUCGCGCUGAGCUCUGGUAACGAGUGUCUGCCGGCGCUGCAAAGAGCCGGGAGAAAUUCCGAGUGUCCGUGAAAAUUGACUUGUUCCGCGAGAGAAAGAAAGAGAGAGAGAGAGAGAGCUGCACUUAUUCAGUCCCAGCUGAUCUGCCUCUUAAGGAGGUAGAAGUGAGCGCGUACCAAUGUCACGCUCGCGAUGGCCCGGGACAGACUAAGCUCGGAUUAUUCGGAGAUUAUGAGCGAUUCGACAUCAUGUAGCUGCAUGACCAGUUCUAUCGAAAAGUGUUCAGUGCGCAGCUGCGGCAGCAUGUUCCAGGAGCCGUUCUUCCUGCACCCACCGGGUUCCCGGCCCCGCGACGGGCUCUACAUCAACCCCAUGAGCUCGUCCUUCUCGCCGACGCCGCCUCGGAUCAUACCGGUCAAGGACAACAACAACGGAAGCCUGAGCAACGCCAGCAACGGCUCCGAGUCGUUCUACCUGCACAGCCCUAACGACCUCGUGUACACCCGCAUCACCCACCUGUUCGACGAGAACAACCCGGCGCCGCCACCGCCACCGCCGCUCAUCGAGCGAAUCGUUUCGAGCCGAUCCGAGAGGAAGGACGAGACUCUGACUGUGAAAGUGGACGUGCACAUCAAUAACGGUACGUUCAAGCCGGCGAUGGGCAACGGAAGCGUUAGGUCCGAGCUGGCCAAGGACAGCGGUAGCGAGCACGCCUACGAGCAGAUUUGCAUCAGGCAGGAUGAGCAGCAGCAGCAGGCAAGUCCCAAGUACGCAGCCUCGCACAAGAAGCUCGGCUCCGACAAUGCCGGCUCCGAUGCCAGCCGGUCCCGGAAAGCCGACAGACGGUACAGCCGGUCCAGCAGCGCCAGCGAGUCGUCUAACAUGAGCAGCGAAGUGCAGUGUUACUCGUCCACGACAUCGACACCCUCGCUCUCGCGUAACAGCAGCAACGAGCGGAUGAGCAGAAGCCCGAAGGUUCCGGAACUGAUGCCAGAGAGGAAAACCUCGACGACGAGCUCGACGAGGGCAGAAAGUGAAAAGGAGACGAAGACACCGGUAAUCAACGGACCCAGCAUAUUCAGGCCGCCACCGCCGCCCCCGCCUCCUCCUCCGGAAAUCGAAGAAGUGGUAAUCGUGACUUCCAAAGUCGUCGAGAGCAGCGUCAAGGAGGAGAAGAAAGACGGCAGCCACUCGACCACGCGGCAGCAGAAAUGCGAGUCCAGCAUCACCACCAUUUCCGCGGCCAACAAGUCCGUGCUCGCGGAGGACGAAGACUCGGCGUCGACGUCCUGCGGCGGCGGCGAGUCCGCGGAAGUAACAGUCGGCAGUAGUCCGCCGGCGGCGAUCGGCAACUGCACCGACGACGAGCUCCAGCAGCGGCGGACCUCCAUCGGCGCAUCGGCCCACAACCGGAGCAGCAGCAGCAACGGCGUCUGCACGACUACGACGACGACGACGACGGCUUGCCAGGUGACGGCCCACCUGGUCAACAGGCACAUGGUGCUGCCCUUCAUCCCGCCCAAGUUCGCCAGUCAGGCCGCCGAUUCCGACACUCUGCUCAAGCCGUCCGAGUACCUCAGGAGCAUCUGCAAGGCCUCCGCGCCCGGAUCCACCAGCAGCUUGUCCAAAGCCAGGUCGGUCGACAACUUGGACUGCCAGGGUCGAGGCGGUAGCAGUGAGGAGGAGUCGCACAAGAGCGAGCCCGAGGAGCCGGAGCAGGAGAAGCGAGAGUCGAGUUCCGGACCACCGCCGCCUCCGCUGCCGCCACCGCCGAUCAACGGAAUCGCUUCCAGCCCCCAAACGCCGACGAGCUGUUCCACCACCGAAGGCGAACCGGCGACGAAGCAGACUCAGCAGCAACUCCAGCAGCCGCUGGCGACGAUCAGCAUCCAGGACCUGACCAGCGUGCAACUGAGGCGUACCAACGUCAAGAUGCACGCCACCAAGACCUUCUCCGCGCCGCCCAAUCGCAGCGUCUCCAUGACCAAUGUGUCGGAGGCGUUUUUCGUCCAGAAGACGGACCUGAUAGCCGAGCUGAAGAAGACCAAGGACAUCCCCGGCAUAAAGAAGCUGAAGGUCCAGCGCGCCCAGGUGGAGAAGUCGCAGGAGCAGAACCUUAUCUCCGAAAUUAGCAAAGCCUUCAGCGCUUCUAAUUUCGUAGACCAAGUUAGUAUUCCCGAGAAGGACAGCUCCGGCAACGUCAUCCCGAUCUGGAAGAGGCAGAUGCUGGCGAGAAAGGCGGCGGAGCGCGCGAAGAAGGAACUGGAGGAGCAAAUCGCUCGCGAGAACGAGGAGAAGCGACAGAAGGCGAUUCCGCCCUGGAAGAGACAGCUGCUCGCCAAGAAGGACAGCGACGUCAAGCCGCCAUCGGGGUCGACCCCAACGCAAUCGGCGGCGACGCCGGUAGUCUCGCCGAAAAUCGAGCUGCCGGUACUGGCGAAGAAAGAGCCCGUUCUGGAAAUCCCACCCCCGCCACCAGCUAUCCCAGUUCCUGCCCCGAUUAAAUCAGUGGAGGAAAGCUCCAAACCAGUGGUGGUACAGCACGAGGAGAAGAGACGUGACUCGAGCGAGGACACAGACAACGUACACAUCAUUCCCUGGCGGGCGCAGCUCCGCAAGACCAACAGCAAGCUCAACAUCCUCGAUUGAUGCCUUUUUUUGAUCUUAACGAAUAAUCAUAUGUAUACAUUCGCGCAGCGAGGCACCCGAUGUAUUUUUUCCGCGCUUUUACAAUUAUGAUAAUCAUUAAGGGGCGGAUAUGUGCGAUCGACGACGGUCGCGAGUAUUACCGCGAUGAGACAUAUUUUUGUAUAAAUUACAUACGUCUCUGUUUUACUUUCAUUCGGGAUGACGUAUAGCGAAGAGAGAGUAUUUUUAACGAUUUCGAGAGAUGGUGCAAGCGCGUUCUUGCGAUAUAUUUAUUUAUGUGAAUACGCGUCGUUUAUGUAGAUUGUAAAGAGAACGAACAAUUUAAAGUUUCUCAUACUGAAAAUUCAAAUUCUCAUACAAAAAACUUCUAUUCUAUACUCUGUAUUAAUUAAUUCUCGUUAUCUAAUAUUAAGAUCAAUGAAACCCGACUAUAUUUUCUCUUAUAUUUGUAAAUAAAAUUUAUUUCGUUUCAAAA